AUGACACAGCCGAUAUAUCCUGAGGACGCCAUACCUUGGGUGGGAUUAUUUUUCACAAUCAAUGCUGCUUCCCUCACUCUGAUAGCAAUUGCAAUGAAGCUACCAGUGGACCUAAACACCGACAUGUCUGUGAAUAAGACUAUCAGCAUUAUUUUCUUUAUCGUCAUGUUAGGUAACUCUCUCCCUUCUUUAGGGCUUAUGAAUGACACUGAACUUCUAACGAAUAUGGUAGCCUUUGGUAUCCUCAUAAUCACCAUCACUGUAAAUGUUUGGAUCCAGUAUGCUACUGCAAAAGAAGAGCUGAUAUAUGUGCUACCAAUGAUUAUGUUAAUAUGUUCCCUUCCAUGGCCCUUUUCGAUAGCUUUGACAAUUCCAGCAUCUAGAAAAAUUUUACAACACCGCUACAAGGAAUUGCAUAGAAUGGUUUCAAAUCAUCAUGAGAUAAACUUCUCUAACAAGCGACUCAAACGUUAUGUUAAAAAGUAUUGGAUGAUGGCAGAGACUAGUAACCCCCAAUUUGCAAUUGCUUGUUCACCAGUUUCUUCUGCUUUUGGGGUUACAUGCUUAUGCCUUGCUUGCAGUUUGUUUUUUUUAUUCGUGCAUGGUGGAUGGAUUUCCUUUACAUAUGCUCACAGCAGGUCUGGCUAUUAUGAGAAAUCAGAAUACAAGUGGUCAAUGAAAUUUAUUAUUAUCAUGCAAACAGUUGGGACAAUAGUAGGCAGUAUUGCACCUAUUCUAAGAUGUUUGACUUCCAUCAGUCAUUUCGACCUAUCCGGGAAAUGGACCAAGAACCAUCUAAACGUGUUCAGAGUAGAGAAAUAUUGGACCCAAAUACUUCAUCUUUGGAAACGCAAUCAUGUGGGUUCAGGUAUCCCAGGCCGUCAUUCCAAGAAGCUUCUCCACAACUUCAAAAACAUGAUUUUGAACUUUUGUAUAGCGCUUCAGAUAAUGAUUGUGAUUAUAUGUAAAACAAUAUGUCUUAUUCCCAGAUCUUUUCUGAUCCUAUUCUCUUGCUGUUGCUAUUUCUGCAAGUCAUUGUUGAAAAGGUUUAAACAAGAACCAAAUGCAUCUAAUAGCAAUGUGAUACCACAUACGGAAGAAUAUACUGGUUAUGUCCUACAAACUGAAGCGGAGGCCAAGCUUUCAAAGAAAAAUACUAAGAAAGUCGUUCAACUCUAUAACUCGAAUUCUUCAUGA